ACUGAUAUUUAUUAUAAUAUAACAACAGCGUGCAGCAGUGUGCACGUUUUGAAAGACGGAAAAACAACAAUAAAUACGUAUCUGUAUUCGAACUUAAACAAAUAUAUUGUAGAGCAACAUUCCUUGCGAACAACAAAAAUCUCAAAAUGAGUAAGGCACACCCUCCCGAACUUAAAAAAUACAUGGACAAGAGAUUAUCAUUGAAACUAAAUGGCGGAAGGCACGUUGUGGGUAUUUUACGUGGUUUUGAUCCAUUUAUGAACAUGGUUAUAGACGAAAGUAUCGAAGAAUGUAAAGAUGGUACCAAAAACAACAUUGGAAUGGUGGUGAUACGAGGAAACAGUGUUAUAAUGUUGGAGGCCUUGGAUCGAAUAUGAAACAGAACAUGGAAACUGUACAGAAUUGUAAUUUGUAUUCUAAAGAAACUAAGUAAAUUUUUUAUACAAUAAACUGGAUAAUAUUUAAACUUAUUCGUCCUUCAAAUGUAACUUGUAAUUCAUAUCUGGUUGUCUGAGUUGAAAAAAAAUUUUAUGUCAUGUAAAUAGGUGUAAUAUCAAGUAAU